GUGGUGGUUGGGGCCGGAGGGUCAUUCAUGGGCAGGCCGAUUCAUUGGCAUAGUCCUCGCUCAACCAGCCUGCUCGUCAGAUCGAGGUGAGAAAAGAAGAGAGCAGACGAGAUGCAACCUGACACAAGUCGGCAGCAGAGGCACGGCUUUGGUGGCAACACGCAUCACCAAGAAGGACUCUUGACGUUCGCCAAAGCGGAGUCGGUGCUCAUGAUGGAGUCAAAUCUCUGCACAACGGACACCGAGUCUGAACAUCUCCACUUCGCAGACUCGGGUUUCAACUCACGGGAAAACAAUUCCAUCAAGCCGAGCAGCAACCAGUACGAGGAAUGCCGGAGAAAAAGAAAAAGGGACACUGGUGAGGACCCAGCGCAAGGCAAAUCAGGAAUUUUGGGCCUAUUCAGAUGUGCAAGCAGAGCAGAUAUCAUAAUAAUGUCCGUGGGACUUUUCUUCGCUGUGAUACAUGGUUCAAGUUUUCCAAUUCUAGCGCUAGUUUUCGGCCAAAUGACUAACACAUUCAUCCUCCAAGCAACACAUGGUUUUGUAGACAACAGUUCUGGAGGAACACACUCACUAAAUUCUAAUUUGACGCAGCCAAAUUUUCUCUUGGGAACAAACAUUUUCCCACAAAUGGAAAAGAUCCUCCAAAUGAAUAGCAGCAGUGAUCCGCAAUCUUGGAAGAGCCAUGCACUGACUCCAGAAGAAUUCACCGCUUACAUGUCAAUAUUCGCCUUAUACUAUGUUUUCAUUGGCCUGGGCGUGCUGGUUGCGGCAUUCAUGCAGACGCUGUGCUGGGAGUUGGCUUGUGAGCGGCAGGUCUACAGAUUACGUCAGUUAUUUUUUGCACAAAUUCUGCGCCAAGACAUCACUUGGUUCGACAGAAAUCAGUCCGGCGACUUGACUAACAAGCUGUCCGAUGACAUGGAGCGAAUACGAGAGGGUCUGGGCAGUAAAUUUUCAAUGGUCGUGCAGUACGUCUCCACCUUCAUCGCGGGCCUGCUCGUGGGAAUUUUCGUCAACUGGAGACUCACUCUGGUGAUCCUAUCAGUGUCACCGGUUUUGAUUGGGACCUCAGGCUAUAUGGCAAAGAUCGCCGCUUCAUCGGCAGCAAGAGAGCAAUUAAAAUAUGGAAUUGCGGGUGGCAUAGCAGAGGAGGUUUUGUACAGUAUUCGGACGGUGGCAGCUUUUGGAGGGCAGGCGAAAGAAGUUGAGCGCUAUAAAGAGGCUCUAGAAGAAGGCCGGUGGAUCGCGAUGAAAAAAUACUACGUGCUGGCGGUUGGCAUGGCUGUGGUCUUCUUCAUCACCUACGGCGCCUACGGUCUCGCCUUCUGGGUCGGCUCGCGACUCAUCGGUGAGGGUCUUUGCACUCCUGGCAGCGUUUUCACGGUGUUUUUCAGCGUGAUGGCCGGCGCUUUUUCGCUGGGCAACGCUUUGCCCUUUGUCAACGCCGUCAGCACAGCCAUCGGUGCUGCAUCCACAAUUUUUGGAAUUGUGGACAGGACACCGGACAUUGAUGUGCUAAGCCCCAUGGGCCAUAGACCAAAACACAUCAGGGGCAAGAUUGAGUUCCAGUUUGUUUCAUUUGCAUAUCCAACCAGACCGGAAGUUCAGGUUUUAAAAGACUUCAAUGUGGUGAUAGAACCUGGAAACAGAGUUGCGUUGGUCGGCUCGAGUGGCGCUGGAAAGAGCACGAUCGUCUCCCUCCUACAGAGAUUUUACGAUCCUAAUCACGGCGAAAUUCUGCUCGACGACGUGGACAUUAAACUAGUUAACGUCAAGUGGUUGCGGGCGCAAAUAGGCGUCGUUUCGCAGGAGCCAGUUUUGUUCGGCACCACCAUCUAUGAGAACAUCAGAUACGGCCACGAUAAAGUGAGCUACGAAGAAGUAAUUAGGGCGGCCAAGAUGGCCAACGCGCACACCUUCAUAUCUAUGUUGCCUCAGAAAUAUGAUACAAUGGUGGGUGAACGCGGGGCCCAACUUUCAGGAGGGCAGAAGCAAAGGAUUGCAAUUGCCAGGGCCAUCGUGAGAGACCCAAAAAUCUUGCUCCUGGACGAAGCCACUUCAGCACUUGACACGCAAAGUGAAUCUGUAGUGCAGGAAGCUCUUGACAAAGCAAUGGAGGGAAGAACUACGAUAAUAGUCGCUCACAGACUCUCCACCAUCAGAAAUGCAAACGUCAUAUACGCGAUGAGAAACGGAGAAAUUUGUGAAUGGGGUGACCACGAGGAUCUGAUGAUGCGAAAGGGUCUCUACUACAGCUUGGUCACUCUGCAGACAAUGCAGGGUCCGGAGGAUGUGCAGCUGUACGAGUCUGAAUACGAGCAGGAUUAUUCCGAGGACGGCGAAAACGACGUUUUGUUGAGAGACGAGCCAAAAUUGGAUCCGAAUGGAAAGCGAAGCCACGCACAGACUGAAAAGACGCUUCACAAAAGCGUCUCAACCCUUUCAGUAACUUCCUACAAUGAGACUGAAAUUGAAAAAGCGACGCCCAAGGAGCCGUCGUUCAACACUAACAACACUGCCUGGAGACUGAUAAGACUGAACAGUCCUGAGUGGGGCUGGCUAGUUCUAGGACUCAUCGGGUGCGCUAUUUUCGGCUCGGUGAUGCCCGUAUUCGCAUUUUUCUAUGGCGAAAUAUUUGCUACUUUUACACUAACUGGGGAUGCACUCAAAGCAGCAGCCGAGUUUUGGACACUCAUGUUUUUAGUUUUGGCUAUUGGAUCUGCUUAUAGUUUUUGGUUGCAGACGGUUGGAAUGACAAGUGCAGCUGAGAAAUUGGUGAUGAGACUGAGAUUGAUGGCAUUUGUGAAUAUUUUGAGGCAAUCCAUUGGCUGGUUUGAUUUGGAGCAAAAUUCAGCUGGAAAGCUCAUCACCAGACUGGCGCGCGACGCUCCGUUGGUUAAAGGGGCUUCGGGAUUGCGAGCUGGAAUGAUGCUGAGCGCAAUUGUAACCUUGGUGGCUGCUUUGACCAUUGCCCUGAUAAAUGGGUGGAAAUUGGCUUUGCUUUUGCUGAUCGCGGUUCCUCUGCUGGCGAUGGCCUCUCACCAACAAACCAUGAUUUUGCGGAGGAACCAGCGACGAGACGCAGAGCUUAUGGACCAAGCGGGAAGAGUUGCGACAGAGAGCGUUCAAAAUGUGAGAACAGUGCAGUCGCUGGGCAAGGAGAAACUUUUCUUUCAGUUGUACGUCAAGUAUUUGGAAGCGCCGUUCAAUGAGGCGAAGAAACAAGCCUUCAUGUACGCUUUGGUGUUUUCAUUUUCGCAAGCAAUUAUUUACAUGAUGUACGCCGGGGCGUUCCGUUUUGGCGCAUACCUGAUUGAAAUUGGAGAUAUGGGGCCUACUGAGGUUUACAGAGUCUUUUUUGCUCUGGCUUUCUGUGCCGCCUCCGUUGGUCAGACCUCAGCCUACAUGCAGGACUACACAAAGGCAAAAAACGCCGCCAAUCUGAUGUUCGAACUGAUCGAACAGCAGCCGGCAAUUGACGUGGCCGCUGCCCCAGGGGCCAGACCAGAUAUUCGCGGCGAUGUUGAGUUCAGGGAGGUCAGAUUCAGGUACCCGAGCCGACCUGCCGUGCCAGUGCUCAGGGGACUCAGUUUCAGGGUGCGCAGAGGGCAGACCCUUGCUCUAGUUGGUGCCUCUGGAUGCGGGAAAAGCACAGCGAUUGCCCUUCUGGAGAGAUUUUACGAUCCCCUCGGAGGACAAAUUUUGAUUGACGGGUUUGACAUUCGCACUUUGAAUUUGGCCUAUUUGCGUUCGAAGAUUGGAAUUGUGACUCAAGAGCCGGUAUUGUUUGACUGCUCAAUAAGGGACAACAUCGCCUACGGUGCAGUGAGCUUUGUUACAGACAGUGAUAUCAUACAAGCUGCAAAAACUGCAAAUAUCCACAAAUUCAUAGUUACGCUUCCACAGGGCUAUGAGACAAUGGUGGGCGAGAGAGGUACCCAGUUGUCAGGCGGCCAAAAGCAGAGAGUUGCAAUUGCCCGUGCUUUGAUCAGAGACCCAAAAAUUUUGCUCCUAGAUGAGGCCACCUCAGCUCUGGACACAGAGAGUGAGAAGGUGGUGCAAGAUGCUCUGGACAAGGCGAGGCAGGGCAGGACUUGCAUUGUGGUGGCGCACAGACUGACGACUAUAAAAAACGCGGACUGCAUUGCACUGAUACAUCAAGGAAAGGUCGCUGAAGUUGGGACCCACGAAGAACUGAGAGCCCUGAGGGGAAAAUAUUUUGCACUGACACAGGGACAGAAAGUGUGAAUUUCAUAGUUUUCAUUAAAGACAGUUUUUGUUCGAAAUAUGACUAGAUUGUAGUGAAUUUAUUGCUAGAUAAUUAAGAUUUUCCAUUGAGUCUUCCUAAUGAUUUCAAAAUUUGUAUUUUGAAAGACUGAAGCAUCAACCCGAUGUUUUUCUUGUACCAAUCUCCAUUGUAUUUCACAUGUACUUGCCAGUUUUCGUCGAGGAACCUCUUGUAAAAAAUCGACAUCUCGUCCGCACACAGUGUCUCGUUAUUUCCUUUCCUUUGCUGCUGAAUUUUCACAAACUCUUCUCGUUCCUGCAAAUAUGAUUGUACAAGUUUUGAUUUAAAAUAAGAUGUUUUUUAAAACAGUAAAUGACACACUUUGAUAAACCGCAAGUUGUGUUUGGUCCAGAAUUCCUGG